AUGAACAUCGUGAGCUCCGUGGGACUCAUCAUGAUCAACAAGGUCGUCAUGUCCUCCUACCGCUUCGUCUUCGCCACCACCCUAACGGGUUUCCACCUCACGUUCACUGGCCUGUUUGGUGCCCUGUGCGUGUGGCUGGGGUACCUGUCGGGGACGGCCAACAUCCCUCUGUGGGACAUUGUGUGGUUCGGCAUGCUCGCCAACCUCUCCAUUGUCGGCAUGAACCUCUCCCUCAUGUCCAACUCCGUGGGAUUUUACCAGAUAUCUAAACUGGCCAUCAUCCCAGUGACCUGUCUGUGUGAGACGCUGCUGCACGCCAAGUCCUACUCGCGGGAGGUCAAGCUGUCGGUGGUGGCGGUCAUGCUGGGCGUGGGCGUGUGCACCGUCACUGACAUUUCUGUCAACGCCUUUGGGCUCGUCACUGCCACCGUGGCGGUGGUUUCCACGUCUCUGCAGCAGAUUUUCGUGGGCGAGCUGCAGAGGAAGCACAACGUGGGGUCGUUUGACCUGCUCAGGCAGACAGCGCCCAUCCAGGCAGUCACUCUCGUGCUCAUCGGGCCCUUCCUCGACUACCUCCUCACUUCCCAGAACCUUCUUGAAUUCCCCGUCACCAGCAACGCUGCGCUCUUCAUCUUCCUCUCCUGCGCCUUUGCCAUCGGCUGCAACCUCUCCGUGUACCUGUGCAUCGGAAAGUUCUCGGCAACGUCCUUCCAGGUGCUGGGGCACAUGAAGACCGUGGUGGUGCUCAUCCUGGGGUGGACCGUCUUCAAGGACCCCUUCACCCUCAAGAACUUCAGCGGCAUGCUCAUGGCCAUUGUAGGCAUGGUUCUCUAUAGCUGGGCUGUGGAGAAGGAGAAGGGCGAGAAGGGCGGGAAGGAGGGGAAGGGCGGGAAGGAGGGGUUGCCCCUGCUGCCAAUGGCGCACUAG